GGGGGAGGGGUCGCGGCGGCUUCGGCGGCGUCACGGCGGCGCCCGGGCGGUGGGAGCCGAGGCGCCGGAGCAAGAUGGCGGCGCGAGUGCUGCGCGCCCGCGGAGUGGCCUCGGCCGGCGGCCUCUUACGACGGGCCGCUCCCUGCAGCCUCCUGCCCGGGCUCCGAAAAUUGACAUCUUCCAAUAACAGACCUCGAGAAGACAGCUGGUUAAAAUCCUUAUUUGUUCGGAAAGUUGAUCCAAGAAAAGAUGCCCACUCCAAUCUCCUAGCCAAAAAGGAAACAAGCAGUCUGUACAAAUUACAGUUUCACAGUGUUAAACCGGAUUGCCUAGAAGCAUACAACAAAAUUUGUCAAGAGGUGUUGCCAAAGAUUCAUGAAGAUAAACAUUAUCCUUGUACUUUGGUGGGGACUUGGAACACGUGGUAUGGCGAGCAGGAUCAAGCUGUCCACCUGUGGAGGUAUGAAGGAGGCUAUCCAGCUCUCACAGAGGUCAUGAAUAAACUCAGAGAAAAUCAGGAAUUUACGCAUUUCCGUAAGGCAAGAGGCGACAUGCUUCUCUCUAGGAAGAAUCAGCUGCUAUUGGAGUUCAGCUUCUGGAAUGAGCCUAUCCCCCGGUCAGGACCUAACAUAUAUGAACUCAGGUCUUAUCAACUUAGACCAGGAACCAUGAUUGAAUGGGGCAAUUACUGGGCUCGUGCAAUUCGCUUCAGGCAGGACGGUAACGAAGCCGUUGGAGGAUUCUUCUCUCAGAUUGGGCAGCUAUAUAUGGUGCAUCAUCUUUGGGCUUACAAGGACCUUCAGACCAGGGAAGACAUACGGAAUGCAGCAUGGCAUAAACACGGCUGGGAAGAGCUCGUCUAUUAUACAGUCCCACUCAUUCAGGAGAUGGAAUCCAGGAUCAUGAUCCCGAUGAAGACCUCGCCCCUGCAGUAAAGCUGGAGAUUGACUUCAACGUGCCUACAGAAACCCACGUGACAAGCAUUUGUCAUAAAUUGACUUUAUGGUAUACAUUGUAUAUCACAUGUAAAGGAAACACUGACGUGUAAACUGCUGUAUAUAGCUUGUGAGAGACCGCUUUUCUUUACAAUUUUCAUGAUCACAGGAAAGGAAACAGUCACAGCCUGACCGGUUGUGACAGUGCUCUGUAGCCCUUUCUGAAACAUCCCUCUGUUGGUGGAAAACACUUUAUAAAUAUCUGGCCACCCCCACCCCCACCCUCCAGGCAAAGAGGGCCCCCAUUAAAAUUUGAGUCAUCUCCAAAUAAGAAUCCAACCAUGAAAAGUUAGUCAUUUCUUUAUAAAAAAGCAAAUCUGUUUUAUAAUUACAGAUUUUUAGACAAAAUUUCUUAUAUCAGCAAGAAAUACAGAUUUUGUCAUGUUUCUCUAGCGGUUUUUUCUGAGUCUGAAAUUAGGAACAAAUUAUAAGUGUCCCCAGUAUCUGCAAAUGUUUUAACUUCCGCUCACUUGUAAUCAGUCAGCAUAUUAAAAAAUGCGUCAUUACUCAGCUGGUAGCAGUUGGCAGGUACAUUUAAUAACUAGUUCAGUUUUUCAUAGAGUGUAUUGUGAUGUCUCUAUGUGAGAGGGGAAAAACUCAGCUUGAACUUGUGUGUCAUCUGUGAUUUUGAAAUGAACACCUUGAAUAGCACUAAUUUUUAUUUGUAAUAUUUUUCUAUAAUGAAAUAAGUAGCACUAGGAAAAGAGGUUUUAUUUUGUAAGCAAUCAUUUGUGACCUCAGACAUCCUCUGGUUAAAAUUUUAAUACGCUUACAGCAGGUGCUCCCAGGAUCAUGUAUGACGGGUGGUGCAUGUUGAGAUUUAAAUUGGCAUAAAAGCUGCAUACUUUGUCUAGCUGUUUGAUUUAGUUUUUUAAUCUAGUGUGCCAAUUUUGUGUCUGUAAUCAUGUGAAAGUCCUGUUGAAAUGAAAAAUUGUCUGCCCCCAAAUUAAAGAAUUUAUGUGUAAAAUACAGUGUGAAUAAAUGUCCAACUUUUACAUGUGAAUGGUUUUCUGCAAGAACAUACAAAAAUCAAUAAAAAUCCUCUUAAUUUUCACAUA